UGUCAUUUUCCGGGCAAACCGUAACUGCCGGUGGUGCAAGAAGAGACUAACACUCAAGCAAGUUGAAACACUUCACUCCGUAUCACCACUUCCUCUUUAUAACUCUUUUAUUAUCCUCUCCGCAAACCCACCACGCUUUUUCCAAUAUGGGUGUUGAUUUGAGGCAAGUGGUGGCUGGUGUGUUGACACUCACCAUGUUUGUUAUGCUUGGCAACAUGAUUAAAAGAGACCACUUUGAUUCCAUCACUGAAAAGCUUCCAGGUGACAUGCAGGAUGUUGCAAUGGUUGCAGAGCAGGGUCUUCAUACAAUUGCUAAGAUGGGUAAAGGGCCUUGGUUGGAGGAUGGCCAAGAACUAAAACCUUGUUGGUCCAAGUCAAAUUUUGAUGUACUGCCAAAGUCGAAAGGAUUUGUUACAUUCUCCUUGACUAAUGGCCCUGAACACCAUGUCUCACAGAUUGCUGAAGCUGUGGUUGUAGCAAAUGUCCUGCAAGCAACACUUGUUGUCCCGGACAUCAGAGGAAGCAAACCAGGCGAUGAGAGGAAAUUUGAAGAUAUUUACAAUGUUGAGAAGUUCAUAGAAAGCCUGCAUGGGGUGGUAAGAGUAGUGAAAGAACUGCCUGAUGAGAUAUCAAUCCGAGAUCUUGCAGUUGUGAAGGUUCCUAAUCGAGUCACGGAAGGCCAUGUCAGAGAAAAUAUUUACCCAAUCUUUAAAGCAAAGGGCAACAUAAGGAUGGCAACUUUCUUCCCUUCAGUAAAUAUGAGAAAGGCUACAGAGAAAACUAAUACUGAUUCGAUUACAUGUUUGGCAAUGUUCGGAAGUCUAGAGUUGCAACUAGAGGUUAAUGAAGUUGUUGACUCUAUGGUUGAACGACUAAGAGCUUUGAGUCGAAAGUCAGAUGGCCAAUUUGUAGCAGUGGACUUGAGGGUUGAUCUACUGGACAAUAAGGGUUGUCAUGAAAGUGGCCUUACUAGGAGAAAAAGUUGUUACAAUGCGCACGAGAUUGCUAUAUUUUUGCAGAAGAUUGGAUAUGACAGGGAUACAACCAUCUAUUUGACUCAAUCAAGAUGGGAUAGCAGCCUUUCUGUGCUAAAAGAUACCUUCCCUAAAACAUAUACAAAGGAGAGCAUAAUGCCUGCAGAUAAGAAGGAUAAGUUCCUAGAAACGGAAGAUUCGGAAUACGAAAAGGUCAUCGACUUCUACAUAUGUUCUCAGAGUGAUGUUUUUGUACCAGCCAUGUCCAGCCUGUUUUACGCCAACGUAGCCGGAAAAAGAAUAGCCUCCGGUAAGACUCAAAUCCUUGUGCCAGCUGAAAUUUCCAGUUCCUCUGCUUCUGCUGCUGAUUUUAUCUCCCCUUACAUUCUGAAGAAGAACCACCUGGCCCAUUCAUGUUUUUGUUAAAGCAACCUAAAGAAAGUGUUAAGGUUGUUUGAUGUGUUGCAGAACUUUCAUCAUAUAUUUCUUCAUUGUAGAAUACAUCACACAGUUUUGUACCCUAAAUUGCUCAGUGAAAAAUUGGUCACAAUAUAGUUAUUUCUUACUAUGGUACAUGUGAAGUAACUUUACUGUAA